ACUGCCAACAAUGCCAAGAAUUCCAAAAACUCAAAAUCACAAGUGACUCCGACCAUGAAAACAUAAUCUUGAAAAAUGGAGCUGUCAGCGAUCCUGAGGAGAGCUGCAACGCAAAACGAUCGGAAAGAUCAUGAGAUAAUCGAGAAGGAAGAGGGCAAGCACUUCCAGAGACUCUACGAGAGCUGGAAGGGGGCAAAAUCAUCCAACAUAAACCAAACAUACAAGAUAAUCCCGAAAUUUUACUUCAAGCUGCCAAAAGAAGAUGAGAUUCUCCCUCAGAAACUUCGAGAGGAGACCAGAGCAUUAUUCCUGCAACGUCGCUCCCGCCAACUCCUGGACAACAACGAGCUGAAGGCCCUGUGGGUCCUCCUGGACAAACACCACAGCCCUCCACUGUCUGGUGACGAACAGCUAAUAAAUUACGAGGACUUCAAGAACGUGGGUAGACUAGCAGGUGCCAAAUGCUCUCCCUACUUCACAGCUGUUGUAUUCGCCAAACUCCAGCAGGGUGAUCCCCACGGAAGGAUCAGCAUAAUGGCACUCUUCAAUUACGUCAUGAGAAAAGUCUGGCUCCACCAAACGAGAAUAGGUCUCUCCCUGUACGACGUGACAGGUCAGGGCUACCUGAGGGAAUCAGACCUGGAGAAUUAUAUCCUCGAGCUGAUACCCACCCUACCUCAGCUGGAGGGUCUUGAGAAAUCCUUCCACUCGUUCUACGUCUGCACAGCAGUGAGAAAAUUUCUUUUCUUCCUGGAUCCCCUGAGAACAGGACGAGUGAGAAUCCAGGAUAUCCUCGCCUGCAGCUUCCUGGACGAUCUCCUGGAGCUGCGAGAUGAGGAUCUUCCCAAGGAUCUGCAGGAGGCCAACUGGUUUUCAGCGCCAUCCGCCCUCAAGGUCUAUGGGCAGUACCUCAAUCUUGACAGGGAUCACAAUGGAAUGCUGAAUAAAGAGGAAUUGUCUGGAUAUGGCACUGGAACCCUCACCGGGGUAUUUCUGGAGAGGGUCUUCCAGGAGUGUCUCACGUACGAAGGGGAGAUGGAUUAUAAAACGUAUCUUGAUUUUGUACUCGCUCUGGAAAAUCGACACGAGCCUCAGAGUCUUCAUUAUCUCUUCAGGAUCCUGGAUAUCAAUAAUAAGGGGUAUCUCGACACCUUCUGCUUGAAUUACUUCUUCAGGGCCAUUCAGGAGCAGAUGAAGAUGCAUGGACAGGAGCCUGUCAGCUUUGAAGAUGUCAAGGACGAGAUAUUUGACAUGGUAAAACCUGCUGACUCCUGCAGGAUCACUCUCCAGGAUCUACUCAGCUGUGGCCAGGGCGACACCAUGAUCAGUAUUUUAAUUGAAUUCCAUGGAUUCUGGGCUUAUGAGAAUAGAGAAGCCAUGGCUGCUGACAGUGGGGACGAAUCAUCUCAUGUGUAAUUGAUUUUUUAAAUAAAGAUUUUGUUUUGUAAAGUC